UUAGAGCUUAAAAGAAGCUCCACGUAGCUCCUCAUCUUGACCCACCGAAUACUACUUAUAUAAUUCUUGAUUCCUCGGCAUUAUAGAUCCUUCUCGUCCUUCAGCUUGUUCAUUGAGUAAAGGUAGAAACAAAACUGGCAAAUCACAAGCAAUAGUAGCCAUGGGUAGAAGACCAGCAAGAUGUUAUCGCCAGAUAAAGGGCAAGCCUUAUCCAAAAUCUCGAUUUAAUCGUGGAGUACCGGAUCCAAAAAUCAGGAUUUAUGAUGUUGGAAUGAAGAAAAGAGGGGUUGAUGAGUUUCCCUGUUGUGUGCAUUUGGUCAGCUGGGAAAAGGAGAAUGUUUCUAGCGAGGCACUGGAAGCUGCGCGCAUCGCGUGUAACAAGUACAUGGCAAAAUAUGCUGGAAAGGAUUCUUUCCAUCUCAGGGUCCGAGUGCACCCUUACCAUGUACUCCGCAUCAAUAAAAUGCUGUCCUGUGCUGGAGCUGAUAGGCUUCAAACAGGCAUGAGGGGAGCUUUUGGUAAGCCUUUAGGCACUGCUGCUCGUGUAGCAAUUGGUCAAAUUUUGCUUUCAGUCCGAUGCAAAGAUGCCAAUUGUAAUCAUGCUCAGGAGGCCUUGCGCCGUGCAAAGUUCAAGUUUCCCGGUCGUCAGAAGAUAAUAGUCAGUGGGAAAUGGGGUUUCACUAAAUUCAAGCGUGCUGACUACAUUAGAUUCAAGCGGGAGAACCGCAUUCUACCUGAUGGUGUCAAUGCCAAGUUCCUUACUUGCCAUGGACCUCUGUCUGAAAGGGAGCCUGGACGAGCAUUUUUGCCUGCGACUGCUUAAGAAUUCAAUAGAAUAAACGACACGGUAUCACGAGGUUGCAAACUUGAUUAUGUUUGAUUAUAUUUGGGUAGUUGAAGCUUUUGAAAUGGCAUGUAAUCUAAGCUUUUUGCUGGUGUUUUUAGAAAUAUAUAUUUGUGUUUAACUUUUACUGAGUGGGGUGUUAGUGUUAAUUAUUGCAGAAAGCCAAAUAAUGCAAAACUCAAGAGUUUGGAUAGCCAAAUGGUUUGGGUUAAUUCUACUUUGUCCCCUCAAACUACAGCUGAAAUUUCACUUCAGUUCCUAAAUUUCAAAAUAGGAGACUUAAGUGCUUAAACUACAAAAUCCAUUUCGGUUAAGUAAAAUCAAUGAUAGAAUCCAAAAAACUAGCGGUGUAUUAGAAGACCUCCUUUAGUGUGACUGAGUAAAUUUUAUAAACCAAAUAGUAGGGGACAUAAAGGUAACUUUGCCAUUUUUCUCCUCAUUCAUCCUUUUUUUCCUUUUUUUUUUUUCUUUUUUCUAUUCUUCUUCUUCUGUCAAACACUUUUUCAAGUGAAGUUAUCUUUACACAAAAUUGCAUCUAAUCACAAAUUGUGGCUAGUACAGCCUAGAGGACCCAAAAUGACAUCCUCCGGUUAGCUAUUCUUCAUUUCUGGAAACGUAUCAUCUUUUUUUCCUUUUUGGCAAGCCAAAAACCUUAGUUGAUUGCCAUAAAAUUGAAUCCCUACAAUUACCAAUAAGAAUAAUAGAUACCAAUGAUUCAGCAAGUUCCCUAAUACUCUGAACCACAAAAUCUUUUAGACCAACUCUAUGAUGAAAUUUUAAGAGUUCAAUAUAGAGGGAUAUGUUUUAGUUAAAUCCAAAUUAAUAUCAUGGCAGAUCCCUAUGUUUUGUUCUUUCCAUUUAGGUAUUUGUACAGAUCACCAAACCUUAGAAAGGAG